AUGGAUCUCAACGCUCUUUUCAAGGGUAGAUUUUGUUGCUUUCUCAAGGACCCACUUGAAGAGGCUGAGACUUGGGGAGAGUCUGUGGACAAACUCCUGUGUUGUAAAUCUGGGCAGGCAGCUUUCAGACAAUUCCUGAAGUCAGAGUAUAGCGAGGAGAAUAUGCUGUUUUGGCUGGCCUGUGAGGACUACAAGAAGAUCAAGUCUCUUCCAGAGAUGAUCUCCUCUGCAAACAGGAUCUACUCCGAGUUUGUGGAAUGUGAAGCACCCAGACAGAUCAACAUUGAUUGUGGAACCAGAGAAAAUAUCACCAAGAACAUCUCCCAGCCAAGCCUGACUUCCUUUGACGCGGCACAGAAGCUGAUCUACAGUCUGAUGGCCAGGGAUUGUUACCCACGAUUCCUCAAGUCAGACAUCUACCAGGAUUUGCUGAGGAGAGCAGAUGCAAGGUGA